GUCAGCGCGGUCACGUGACUUCACCAAAAUGCAAACCCACGUUCGUCUUUGAUACUGAAUAAAACCUCGGUAACCUUUGUGCAGAUAUUCAAAUGUUGUAAGUUUCAUAACACAGUGCCAACAUGUCGGAAAGGCACCGGGCGCUGCCGUCGUGGAUGGCGAAGAAGAAGGAGGAGAAAGAGAAGGAGCCGCUGAAGAGAAGGGGGAAACGGAAAACUGCAAGAGCUGCUUUCUACUGUAUGAACGAGAAGGAGCUGGUAGAAGCUGCUGUUUCAUAUCUUACCAGCGGUGCAAGCGAGGACGUGGUUCUCCUGACUCACCAAAAGGCUAAAGACAAGGCAGUAGACACAACUGUGAAGAUGAGGGAGAAUCCUGCUUCUCCAGAGAUGAUAGCAAAGCCGGUGAUUUCAGAGGAGGAGUCCUCAGACUGCGGUGAUGCCCAGGGGACAACGUACAUCUCAGAAACAGACUUGGACAUUACAGAGGUGGAAACGGUGCCGUACACCAAGAGCCCGCAGCAUCAGCGACCUGAGGGUCAGAGGUCAGGACCAGUGCAGGAUCACACCGGUUUCAUGAACAAUGAAAUGGCUGACAAAAAAGAGGAGUGCUCACAGACGCCAGCAGAUGCAGCGGAGGAGGAUGAUGCCUUGCGGCUUGUGCGAGAAAUUUUUUCACCUGAUGAUGAACAUUUUAUUGAAUGUCACCUUAUAAGUGCGCUAAGCCUUGUUCAGUUUUUGCACUAAAAUGGAAAAAAUUCUCUUAAAAGGGGAAUGCCACCCAAAUCACAAAUUCCUCAGACCUUCCAAUCCAUACUUUUGGAGGCCAAAAGUUCCUCUAUAAAGCUGCAAAUUAGAAACUGAUGCUUUAAUUGAUGUCACUGAUAUGUAAACUUUAGCACAGCUCCAUAGACAGUUGAUGAAAAGACUUACACCAAUAAUUAACCCAAGUUUAAGAGUAAAUGCCAGUAUAUGCCUUUUAAUGACCGCUGAUCUAUGAUCUAAAACCCAAUCUUACAGUGCAGUUUCCGUCUGAGGUCCAUUCAAUGUUAAUGGAGCUGCUGCAUGUUUUACUUUCCACUGUCCUGUUACACUGAAUUACCACAAAUUAAUGGGAAUUCCCCAAAACACAGAUAACAUGGUAUUUUGUAAAGUUUAGAUGGGAUUUUCCUGAAAGUUUAUCCAGAACCCUUUUGAUGUAAGUAACAGAGCUGAAAUCUGAAACUGAUGCUCAUGUUACAGUACAUCACCACACUUGAAAUGCCCUGUAGACUAGCCACCAACCCUACUGUACAGAAGACCUUAAAUUCAAGCCCAUGUGUAGGAAAGCCCACGUUUCCACGUGCAGAGGACUGAACAUUCGACACAGAGUUUCUUCUGAUUUACUGAGCACUAUAGUGUAACUGUACCUGUGGCCUCUUUAAUCAUAAUGUCCUAGAGGAAUCAGUCAGCGAAGCUGCUCCAGGUUUUCUCUUGAUGACACCACAGAUUUAAGAUGACAGAGCAUACUCUUAUGUUUAAUUCUGAAUGUAUGUCCACUAUAGAUAUUGUAUUUUCCCCCCACUUUAAUAAAUGAGGAAGUAGCUGUUUUUCU